AUGGUCAAGCUCCCCACCUCCUUCCUGGGUGUCCUGCUCCUCAGUCUCGGUGUUGACAGCGUCAUCGCCGUGCCCGCGAACGGCACCCUGCCGGUCAACAACGUCACGGCCCCGGCCAUCGAGUAUCCCCUCAAGAACCCGCCCAAGAUCACCGUGCCCAGCUCCAAGUCGUGGUGGGUCCUGGACGACAUGAACUUUACGACGACGGCGGGCGAGGUCGGGACGGCGCACAACAACGUCAACUGGACAUGGACCAAGGACGCGUCCAACCCGCCGACGCUGGGCCUGGUGUGGUUUGUCCUCCGUAACGCCGACACGUCGGUCCUCGCAUCCCCCACGGGCUUUGCUGGGCUGUCCGACUUUCGCCAAGACGAUGCCAAUGGCCAUGUCAACAUUGGCUUCACCAUUAACGGGAGCGAGUUCCCGGCCGCACCAAACUACACGAUCCAGUUUGUGCGCGAGAGUAACUGGUCUAUGGUCUUUGCCGAGUCGGAGCAGUUCGAGAUCAAGCCUGUAGGCAGCGCACUCCCGCCCGGUCUGCCCGCGCCGAGCAGCGCGCUCACACACACCAACGGCGUGGUUGCGAGUUAA